AGCGGUUGCCUCCGCCGCCGGAGUCAUGGACAAAGCCGACAAGAAUGUCAAACUGUCAGCUGAAGUAGAACCAUUUAUUCCUCAGAAGAAAGGUCCUGAUACUGUAAUGAUCCCAAUGGCGCUUCCUAAUGACAGUGGAGGUAUUAGUGGAAUGGAACCAACUCCUAUUCCCAGCUACCUGAUUACUUGCUACCCAUUUGUACAGGAAAAUCAGUCCAACAGGCAAUUUCCAUUGUAUAAUAAUGACAUCAGAUGGCAACAGCCUAACCCAAACCCUACCGGACCAUACCUCGCCUAUCCUAUCCUAUCUGCUCAACCACCUGUUUCUACAGAGUAUACAUACUACCAGUUGAUGCCAGCACCAUGUGCUCAAGUUAUGGGUUUCUAUCACCCUUUUCCUACACCCUUUUCUACACCAUUUCAAACAGCAAGUGCUGUAAAUACAGUUACUACAGAAUGCACUGAUCGUCCAAGCCAGUCGGGUCAGAUCUUUCCAUUAUCCAGUCAGCGAAGCAGAAGCAAUAACAGGGGACCAAUUAUGCAAAAACAGCAGCAGCAGCCGUUACAGCUACAUAUAAAAAGCAAAAGGCCUCCAGUGAAAAGUGUAGCUACACAAAAAGAGAACAGUGCAUCCGGCCCUGAAAAUAGAUCAAAAAUCGUAUUGUUGGUGGAUGCAGCACAGCAAACAGAUUUUCCUUCAGAUAUAGCUAACAAGUCACUUUCUGAGAGUGCCACUACAAUGCUCUGGAAGUCCAAAGGCAGGCGAAGACGAGCGUCCCAUCCUGCUGCAGAGUCAUCUAGUGAGCAAGGGGCUAGUGAAGCAGAUAUUGACAGUGAUAGUGGUUACUGCAGUCCUAAACACAGCAACAAUCAGGCCAUAGCCAUGACUUCAAGAAAUGCAGAUUCUGGUGCAGUUAAUGUUGUAGACCCAUCAAUAAAUGCAGCUGGUCUAAGUUGGACUAAUGUAAAUUGCCAGGCAAUUCAAAAAAAGCCUUGGAUAGAAAAAACACAGAUGUUUUCUAGAGGUGGAAGGCAAGCUGAACAGAGAAAUAGUUCACAGACUGGUUUCAGAUGCAGGGGUCAUAGCACGUCUUCAGAAAGACGCCAGAAGUUGCAAAAAAGGCAUGAGAAGCCGUUAACAACCAACCAGUUGAACAGAACUGAACCAAGCCCUGAAUCAUUGUAUUUUGAGGAUGAAGAUGAAUUUCCAGAAUUAAACAGUGAAAAUGGAAGUGGUAAAGGUGGUGGCAUUCAGCAAAAAAUUACACCAAAAGUACUGGAUGACUUACCUGAAAACUCUCCAAUCAACAUAGUCCAGACUCCCAUUCCUAUUACGACUUCUGUACCCAAACGUGCAAAAAGUCAGAAGAAGAAAGCCUUGGCAGCAGCGCUUGCCACAGCUCAAGAAUACUCUGAAAUAAGCAUGGAGCAAAAGAAACUUCAGGAGGCUUUAUCAAAAGCAGCUGGAAAGAAGAGUAAAACUCCUGUGCAGUUAGACUUGGGGGACAUGUUAGCAGCUCUCGAGAAACAGCAGCAAGCAAUGAAAGCCCGUCAGAUCACUAACACCAGACCUCUCUCAUACACCGUUGGCAGUGCUGCUCCUUUUCAUACCAAAGAAUCGGCCAACAGAAAAUCAUUAACUAAGGGACAGCCAUCUAUGGGUUGCCUUAAUCCUUUGGACUCAACUGCUCCAAAAGUAAAAAGAGGAAAAGAGCGAGAGAUAGCAAAACUGAAACGUCCUACAGCACUUAAAAAGAUUAUUUUAAAAGAGAGAGAAGAAAAGAAAGGUCGUUCAACUGUGGAUCACGGUCUUCUAGGAUCUGACGAACAGAAAGAGGUUCAAAUAAGUUUAACUUCUGACCAGUCUCAGGAGAUAGCCUCACAAGAAGAAACUGGACUAAGUAUGCCUAGUGAUACUUCGCUCUCUCCAGCAAGUCAGAACUCUCCAUAUUGCAUGACUCCAGUAUCACAAGGCUCCCCUGCUAGUUCGGGGAUAGGUAGUCCCAUGGCAUCUUCAGCAAUAACGAAAAUUCACAGCAAAAGAUUCAGAGAAUAUUGCAAUCAAGUCCUAAGUAAAGAAAUAGAUGAAUGUGUAACUCUGCUAUUGCAAGAGCUUGUCAGCUUCCAGGAACGAAUUUACCAAAAGGAUCCAAUGAGAGCUAAAGCAAGGAGAAGGCUUGUUAUGGGUCUGCGGGAAGUUACUAAGCAUAUGAAGUUAAACAAGAUCAAAUGUGUGAUAAUUUCUCCAAACUGUGAAAAAAUCCAAUCAAAAGGUGGAUUGGAUGAAGCUCUGUAUAAUGUAAUAGCCAUGGCACGGGAGCAGGAAAUUCCUUUUGUCUUUGCCCUUGGACGCAAAGCUCUUGGUCGUUGUGUGAACAAGUUAGUUCCUGUUAGUGUGGUGGGAAUCUUCAACUAUUCAGGUGCUGAGGACUUAUUCAAUAAGUUGGUAUCACUGACUGAGGAGGCCAGAAAGGCUUACAGAGAUAUGGUUGCAGCCAUGGAACAGGAACAGGCAGAAGAGGCCCUAAGAAAUGUUAAGAAGGCACCUCAUCACAUGGGACAUUCUCGUAACCCUUCUGCAGCAAGUGCUAUCUCAUUCUGUAGUGUUAUCUCAGAACCCAUAUCUGAAGUGAAUGAGAAGGAGUACGAAACAAACUGGAGAAGCAUGGUGGAAACAUCUGAUGGGCUAGAAACUUCUGAAAAUGAGAGGGAGUCCUCAUGUAAGGCUACAGUUCCAGAAAAAUCUGUUAGUGCUCCAAAUGAAAAAGCCACUGUUAAUAAACAGUUGCCUCUAGCUACAAUAGGGACUACCUCAACUGUGAAUCAUGGAAAAACCAUGGUAAGUGACAAAGAAGAGGUGAAGCCAGAUGACAAUCUGGAGUGGGCCUCGCAACAGAGCACCGAGACAGGAUCUUUGGAUGGCAGCUGCAGGGAUCUUUUGAAUUCCUCCAUGACCAGCACCACGAGUACUCUUGUACCAGGAAUGCUUGAAGAGGAGGAGGAUGAGGAGGAGGAGGAAGAUGAAGAUUAUACCCAUGAACCUAUUUCUGUAGAGGUUCAGCUUAAUAGCAGAAUUGAAUCUUGGGUCUCAGAGACCCAAAGAACUAUGGAAACCCUUCAGCUUGGGAAAACCCUUAGUGGUGCAGAGGAAGAUAAUACAGAACAAAGUGAAGAGGAAGAGAUAGAAACUCCCGAGCAGGUAGAUGCAGUAAUUGAUGGUGAGGAAUGGACAGCAGAUAAGCACACAAGUAAUGUCCAACAUAAACCCACCAUCUGCAGUUCUCUGAAUAAAGAAAACACUGAUUCCAACUUUAUGCCGUAAAGUAAGCACAAACUCAGGAACUUUUAAAAAAAUUAUAUUAAAACUGUUGUAAGGUUGCAGCCAUUACUUUGUAUGCUUCAUCUCAACGUUUUGCACUGUUAAACAUUUAAUAUGCGUAUUUAAUUCACAACAGAUAUUUUUGUAGCUGUCUUUGUUACUUGUUUCAUUAAAAAAAGACAAAACUGUAACUUAGCUUUUAAUCAGGAUCUGUAGCUCCCAGAAAUGAAAUGAUCUGUGUAAAAUUUCAGUUUAUAGGUAUUCAUUUGAGCCUUGUUUUGUAAAAGGAAAAUACUUAUAAAUGACCAAUUUUAAACAAAAUUCUUUUAAAAUGUGCUGCUUCAACUCAUUCUGAAAACAUCCACAUUUUAAGACUGGCAAAAAUGACCACCAUUUCUAGUCAUUUUAAACCAUUUGGCCAUAAUUUUCUAAUAAUACCAGGAAAAAAAAGAUGUUUUGCUUCUCUUGAAAGAAAAGCUGAAAGCCCCCACUUUCACUCAAAAGAGAGUAAAUUUAUAAGGAAAUGUAUGCAUGAUUUUUAUGCCAAAAUAGAUGCAGCAUUUUACUUGGUUUGUGAGGGUGUGUGUGUGUUGAAAGCUGCUGACUUUGUGCUGAGAUUGGUCACAAUAAGCUUGAAAUAACUUUUGAUAUCAGAAUAAUUCCAACCACAAUGGCAAAAUAAUUAUAGAUAAUGUAUUUAUUUGUUUGCAAAUGUCGGGCUGUAAAAAGUCACUGUGUCUAUAGAGCCACAGCUUGGGGAACCAUUAACUAUGACCACCAUCCAUGUUGUUCUUAGAAACUUACUGCUUCCUUCUCUUUUUCACUUACCUCAGAAUUGCUGAUGUGCAUAAUUUAAUUUUAAAAAAUCCAGACAGAAGUUUAAAUAUUUAACAGUGACCGAUCUAGUGGCUCAGUGUAUUGAUGGUGUUCACUUGCAUGCUCUCUUCCUGGGCACUUCUUGUAUUGUGUUCAGGAUCAAUCUUUGAAUUAAAUUUUCUCAUUGAAAAUGUGAACUUCUGUUCCUCAGUUGUAGCAGCUUAAGCAUUGACCUCCAGAGUAGUAAAGAAAGUAGUGGUUAUAUGAAAGGGGAAGUGCCCUGAAGUACUGAGAAGUGUUUCAGUGGUUUGGAAAUUGGGAGUUAAAAUGAAUGUUACUAUAGACUUGUUCCAUGUUUGUCCCUAGCGUUGAAAUUUAAAUCUAUCUGAUGAAUGAAUUUGCUUCUGAUUUGAGGAUGGAGUCCGUGUCCAAACCUUGCCUGCAAUGAGUCUGAAUUUUCCAACUUUAGUACUGGGUAUAGAGGUCCUGAAGCUGUCAGUACCAAGGAUUUUGCUGCAAGAGUAGCCAAAGAGUAGCUUGCAUGAAUAGUGACUUUUCUGGGGGGGAAGGGGCUUGGUGGAUCUCAUAGGUAUGUUUUAGUGCUACAUAACUGUUCUAGACCACUUGCAUUUUAAAAAAGGAGGCAUUGGAAACUUUCAAUGGCACAAUACAAUUUGAUCUUUUUAGUUGCACAUAAAGUUUGUUUAAUGAUUUUGGGACCAGCACUUCUAAUAUUUGCAAUACUGGCAAUUUAUUUUUGCUGGAAAAAUCAGACUCUGGGUUUAGGGAUAAUAUAGUCCUCUCAUGCUAACAAGCAUAGUAGAAAUUAAAGUAUUAUGCGUCUAAUGUAGACAUAGCAAAUGCUAUAUGGGAAAGUGUUGAAAAGAGCUGCUGGUACAACUGGCCGUCUGUUCUGUCAUGUUCUUAGUUCCUUAAUAUAAUAUUCCUAGAUACUAGAACAAGCACUGUAUAGAAAUACAAAAGGGUAAGGAAUGAUGCCUCCUUAUUAACUCCCAACUAUUUGUAUGGCAGAUUUUACUGUCUGUAUAUUUUUGAAAAGUUUCUUUGCCUUAGGAAAUGAUAGGGUUUUGAACUGCUGACAGAGUCAAAACUUGCUCAUGGACACAGCUCCCAGUCACACCAACUCUGAUCAUGGGUGCACAUCAAGGACAGAAUUUGACCAAAACUUUAUUUUAAAAAAACAAACCACUUGUACAUUUCCUUUUGUUUAUUCAGUGCCAGUGAUUCAAAUAACUCUUAAUCUUGAGGUAAUAUAAUUACAAAUUUUUAUAUGUCUCUUCUGAAUUUUGACUGUCAUUUUAAACUGUUGGCAUUUGUAUCAAACAGUAACGGCUCUUGUAAUCUUCAGACCAUUAUAUAAUUGUUAUUUUGCUACAGGUUUCCUAAAUAAUACUGAGUUCCUAAAGGUGAUUGCAGCACUUCUGGUACCCCUCAGUUGGCCAGUAGAUGAGGAACCUAGUCAAGUUUGACAGAUCACCUUUAGAAGGGCAAACCAAAAAUGAGUGAAGGAAACCACUUAGCAUUGUUUCCUUUUUUGAUGGCUAGGAAUGAGCAAUAACAGAGAGGAAGGACAGUGCCUCUGGGAUGAGGUCUAUUUACACCUAAAACUAGGGAAGUAUCUUGCAAUGUUGAGCACUUGAGAGGAAUAACUCAUUGUGGUAAUCUUGAUUCUCUCCAUAGCGGAAAUAGCCUAACAGUGUUUCAUAACUUUCUGAUGGGCUGUUUUGUACAGUACCAUGGUUUGUUUUUUUUAAGAUAGCUGGAUUUCUAUAUCAAUGUAAAAGUAUACAGUUUGUUAUACUGGUUGUUACACUCCCAAAAACUGGUGUUUCUGAAGUUAUAGAUGUAAAGAUGUUGGGGUUUUUUUUCUUUGUGAAGAUGAUUAUCCAGAAAACAAGUAUUUAACUUUUCUUAAGAUGUUCUUAUAGGUCUUGAUUUCACUAGGUUUAAUGCAUCUGGCAAAACAUUAGAAAUAAUAUGUAAUGUGUGGUAGGGUGUCUGGUUCAAGUUGAUGGGGUGGUUAUGUAUAAAAUGUAUUUAACAUUUCCAGUAUCUGUGGAAAAAUAAUCAAACGUAGAUAAAAUUGGACAUAAAGGAGAAAAUCCUGAGGAAUUUGUCCUUAUUCAGAGGAAUUUUGUUUUCUUAGUUUGUCUGAAUAAGGUUGUAGGACUGAAUCCUGUAAACACAUGCCUACUUGACUUUUUAGGAACAUUUGUCCUGUUGGCUUUAAUAGAUUUUAUUUGCAUGUUUAACUAAGCACCUGUCUAAGUGCAAGCAAGCUUGAAGCUAAGCAGUGACUGAAGGUUUGAGGCCCAUAUUUUUUUAAUGAAAAUGACAAACUCUUCUACAAUGAUGCACUUGUCUGAUUUCUUAAAAUAAAGGUGAGAUAUGUUUAAUACUCAAUUGGGUGGAGGUUUAUACAGCGUUAUUCAGUCCAGUUCCUUAACACAAAGCUUAAAUUUGAUUAACAUUACUUUAAAUAUGUAUGCAAAAAGUAUUAUCGUUUGAAAAGCUGCUGUUUGCUAAAACUGUCAUUAAGUAUUUUCUGUGAAGUUGUGCCAACUAAUCAAAAUAUUCAGUUGAUUUCAAUAUUUUUAAAAAAUUCAGUAAGACCUGUUUACAAAAACAAAAACCAGCACAAGAAAGCCAUAGAUGGAAGUUAUAUGGGUUUGUUACCCAGCCCUGCCACACGCAGUGAAAUGUAAGAAUGUCCAACUUGAAAUUCUACUCUACAGAAAGGCAGCAGUGAAAAUGCAGUUGGCACAGCCCACCUUCUAAAUAUUCAUAAAUGGCUUAUGUAUUUUAUUUUUAAAUGAAUUCUAAUAAGGUAAACUUUAAUCUUUAAUGUCUUAAAAUUUGUAGUAACAACACUUAGGUUAAAAUAGUAGAAUAUUAUUAUAAAAAAUACACAGAAUUUUGUUCAGUUUUUUUGUUGUAUGAAGGAUAAUUGUUCUGUCUACCGUACAUUUUUGGAGUAAUAACAGCUUUUUGCACUAUGUAAAUACUAGUGGGGAAUUCUUCCAUAACUAAUAAAAAUGAUUGUAGC